UGCAAGGCCCCAAAGGAAGCCUUGGUCCUCCAGGGAAGAUGGGGCCGGCUGGACCAGCAGGACAAAAAGGGUCUCAAGGGAAUACUGGACCGAAAGGAGAUACUGGACAAAUAGGACCACGUGGAAUUCAGGGUUUGCAGGGCCCUCUUGGAAAAGUGGGCCCUUCCGGACCAAAAGGUAACAUUGGCCCACAAGGUGAGAAAGGUGUCAAAGGAGAAAUAGGUCUCAAAGGAGCCCUUGGCCCUCCAGGACCUCAAGGCAAAGUAGGUGCCCCUGGACCAGCUGGGGCCAAAGGAUCAGUGGGUGAAAAGGGAAUGAAAGGGGACACAGGUGUCAAAGGACUUCAAGGACCACCAGGUCCCCAAGGGCCAGUGGGAAAACCUGGUUCUCCUGGGACCAAAGGAGAUAGGGGUGCCACGGGUGAAAAGGGAAUAAAAGGCGAUAGUGGUCUCUCAGAGGUCAAUCUUUUGAAGACUAAAGUUAGCGCACUGGAAGGACAGCUGAAAUCUCUGCAGGCCAGCUUUUCCAAAUACCAAAAAGUUACCGAAUUCCCAGGCGGACGCACAGUAGGCAGCAAAGUGUUCAAAACCAGCGGCUAUGAAGGCAACUUCGAUGACUUGAGGCAGAGGUGCGCACAGGCCGGAGGCCAGCUCGCGACCCCGAGAAAUGCCGCGGAGAACGAUGCCAUCCAAAAGAUUGUGUUGCUCUACAACAAAGCGGCCUUCCUUGGCAUAACUGACUUAAAGACCAAAGGGACCUUUAAGUACCUGAACGAUCAGCCGCUCAUUUACAUCAACUGGUUGCCCGGGGAGCCCAACAAUAGUGGCGGCAAAGAGAAUUGUGUCGAACUCUUUUCGAAUGGAAAAUGGAACGACAAAUCCUGUGGGGAAAAAAGGCUCCUGAUCUGUGAAUUUUAUAUGCUGCUUUGUCCUUUCUACACCCUGGUGCUGGCAGUGUCCCUGGUGAAAUCAUCAGAUCCUGAGACAUGCAGGUGUGAAGAGAAAGUCAACAUUUGCUCUGUGGUUCCUGGCAUUAAUGGAUUGCCAGGAACCCCAGGGAGCAAUGGCUUGCCAGGAAGAGAUGGGAAGGAAGGACCUCCAGGGCCAAAAGGGGAUUCAGGAUUAAAAGGAAUACAGGGACCUCCGGGAAAAGCUGGACCACCUGGCUCAAAAGGAGAUGAAGGGCUGAAAGGGGAAAAAGGAGAUAGUGCAGGUAAAGAGCUUGACGUUCUCAAAACUCAGAUUCGUGAUUUACAGGCAGAGCUGAAGGUCCUGAAAGAGACUGCAAGAAAGAAUCAGGAAGAUAUUCAAGUGUCUGCUUUCCCAACCUUCACCAUAAUCGGAACCAAAAAAUUUGCAUCUAAUGGAGCUGAAGCCAACUUUGAAACUGCCAAGGCCACCUGCUCCAAAUUUGGAGGAAAACUGGCUUCUCCAAGAAAUGAGGAAGAAAACGCUGCUCUAGCAAAACUGGUUUCCAAGUUUGGAAGACACGCUUUUCUUGGGAUGACAGACCGGGAGACAGAAGGUACUUUUAAGCACCUCAACGGGGACCCAAUGCGAUACUCACGAUGGGCAGGUGGCGAACCUAAUGGACAAGAAGAAGAUUGCAUAGAGUUGUACCCGGAUGGCCAAUGGAAUGACAUUACUUGCAAUUCAAAUCGAUUAAUCAUCUGUGAGUUUUAAUUCAACCAUCCUUCUAAGUUUGACUGGGUAGCAAGAACAGGACAUUCACCUAUAAUUUCAGAACAUGAGCCAAAUGGCCUUAUUCAUUCUGAUAUUCUAAAAAAAAAACCUAUCAAGGUUUCACAAGGCUGUACAAGGUUUGCUUGGGCAACUGUCAAAAGACGAACAAGCAUUGGGGCCAUUUCAUAUAAUUUAAUUCAGUUUGUUGCACUUUGGAGGCUACUUAAAAAAAUGUGGAUUUAUGAGAAAUAUUUGUGAUAAUACAAUUAAUAAAUAAUGUACUGGUAAUUGUCGUGUUCAGAUAAUCACAUAUUAAACUGUCUCCUUAAUGUAACAUUUAUUUGUGUUUUACUAGUUAAAUAUACUGUAUGUAAUGUGUGCAAUUAUAUAUUCCACCAAACCAAUAUCUCUUAAUUGCCUUUUAACAUUUUAGCAAUCAUCUUAUACGGACUGCUUAUGGCUUUCAAUGCAAAAUCCUUUCCAGAUGAUGACAGGGGUUGGCAAAACCUUUUCCAUUUUAAAAGAAGCCCAAAUAGACAACAAUUGUACUACCUU